UUUGUAUUCGUUUAUCGUUUCGUGAAGGAUUAAACAAACCAAUCGAUUGUUGGUUGAAACUUUUUGGAAAAUUAUCAUUAAAUUUUAAAUCAAUGUUCACUUUCAAAAAUGACCGAAUUUGGACAAAUAAAUAAUUCGGCUGAUAAAAUGGCUCAUCUUUUGAAAGAAGCAGAAGGUUUAAAAUCCAAAUUGGAAGAAGAACGGCAGAAAUUGAAUGAUGUUAAUUUAUCAACAGUGGCAGAAAGACUCGAUGGAAUUCCUUUUGUCAACAUCAAGCCCCGACGUGUUUUAAAGGGCCAUCAGGCUAAAGUUCUCUGUACUGGGUGGAGCCCAGAUAAAAGACACAUUGUUUCUUCUUCACAGGAUGGUAAGCUAAUUGUAUGGGACGCAUUUACCUCAAAUAAAGAACAUGCUGUCACUAUGCCAACUACUUGGGUAAUGGCUUGCGCCUAUGCACCUUCAGGAAACUUUAUUGCUUGUGGAGGUCUUGAUAACAAAGUAACUGUUUACCCUGUUACCUCUGACGAAGAUAUGGCUGCGAAAAAAAGAACCGUUGGUACGCACACCAGCUAUAUGUCGUGUUGUAUUUAUCCGAAUUCAGAUCAACAGAUCCUUACCGGGAGUGGUGAUUCAACUUGUGCAUUGUGGGAUGUAGAGUCGGGGCAGUUGCUACAAAGUUUCCAUGGCCACUCAGGAGAUGUGAUGGCAAUCGAUUUAGCACCAAAUGAAACAGGAAAUACAUUUGUUUCUGGGAGUUGCGAUCGCAUGGCUUUCAUAUGGGAUAUGCGUUCUGGGCACGUUGUGCAAUCAUUUGAAGGGCAUCAAUCCGAUGUUAAUAGUGUUAAAUUCCAUCCAAGUGGGGAUGCUAUAGCCACAGGAUCAGAUGAUGGCACUUGCCGUCUAUUUGAUAUGAGAGCAGACAAAGAAGUUGCAAUGUUUUCGAAAGAAAGCAUUAUAUUCGGAGCUAAUUCGGUUGAUUUUUCAGUGAGUGGAAGAAUUUUAUUCGCUGGCUACAAUGACUACACUGUUAACAUUUGGGACACAUUGAAGGCUGAACGAGUUUGUUUAUUGUAUGGACAUGAAAAUAAAGUGUCGUGUCUUCAAGUUUCUCCAGAUGGAACAGCUCUUUCCACAGGCAGCUGGGAUUAUACCAUAAGGGUAUGGGCCUGAAUUCGGUCAAUGCAAUUAAAGUACAUUAAAGUAUGUAUUCGCGUUAUUGUGUUCUAUAAACAUAUGAGAAUAUUUAAAAGAAUGAAUUCUCUGAAAAUUUAGUUGUAUUUCUUGUUGUUCGCUGGCGAUUUGAGACAAGACAAAAUACUAAUGAAGUAUUAUUGUAUUUUGUAUAGAAUGUGUAUUAAUCAAUUGUCCAUAAAUAAAAAAGCAUAUAUGAAUUGCA